AUUAUAAUAUAUAUAUAUUAUAGUUUAUUUUAUUUUUGCCACUAUUUGUUAUAUGAUACUGAACCUUAUGAAGUAUACCUAUCUAUAAUAUUCUUUAUAGUAAUAAAAUAUAUAAGCAAUGAAAAAAAUAACAGUGAUAUUAAUUAUUUUUAUACUGCAGGCUACACGUAUAUCUGGGGCCACUGAUUGUACUCCACCAUGGAUGAUUCAAAGUAAUCCGUUUUACUCUAAGGUUUUAUCAAAGACAGUCUACAGAUGUCCAUCAAUUUUUGGAGACUCAAAUAAGGUAUACUGUUGUUACAAUUCGGACGGAGACGUCGAAUGUUGCAAUUUUCAAGAAUAUUUCGUUUUUAGAUUAAUUUCUCUUAUUCCAAUUAUUUUAAUUGUAUUAAUCAUUUUAUCAUUCAUCAGUGGUAUAUGUUGUAUUAUGUGCCCAUUUUGUAUGAUUUAUAAACGACGACAAAUUAGAAGAUAGUUGAAGACAAUCAAGAACAUCUCAUUAAUUCAUUAUCUCGAUAUUAAUAAAUAAAACAACAAUUAUAUUUUAUAAAGAGGAAAUAAUAGGUACAGGGUUUUUAGUAGCUCUGUAUAUUCAUUAAAUGUUUAGACUUUUAUAGUACCUAACUCCUUGGAGAACAAACUGACGGAUAUUUUUAUUCUUUGAAACUGUAUAUUAUUAUUCUAAAAAAGCAACAAAAAAAUUAGAUUAGACCUUGCAAUUUUAUAAAAAUGUAUUGAACUUGUUUCAUGUUUAAAAUUAUAUUUGUAAGUCGUUGUUAUAGUGUUAUACGUUUUAAAACACUGUUUAAGUAUUCACCGAUUUUGUUAUAAAUGUAUAGUAUGAUCGAUUUUUUUUUUAAUAAUUUAAUUUAUGUGUAUUUUUCGUUAAAAAAAUUCCUCAAAUUCUUUUAAUAUUUUAUAUCUUUAUUGUCUUUAUACAAUGUACAUAAAUAUAAAAAUUAUAAAGCUAAAUGUCCACUGACGCCGCGAUCAUAUAAAAAAUUUUCAUGGAUUUUCUUUUGAAGCAUCAGAAAUUCAGAAGAAAAAGAACAUUCAAAAGUCGAUGGCGAGUAUGAUAAGCUUUACGCCUUAACACAUACCUGAUACCUAGUACCUAACUAGAAAUACAAUUUUACUGCACGACUUAGAAACAGAUAUUUCCGUCAAUAUAGAAAAUUUAGUCUGUGGUGAAAUUAUCCCGUUGGAUUGUUGGAACAAAAUUCUAUCACGGAUCCUAUAGCCUAUAGGUAGUGAAGACUUGAAAGUUUGUGCAUCUCUUCAACCACGAGGUCUUUUUCCAAAAUAUUACUAGCAUUUGCUGUCUAUAAGACCUUUGUUUCAGAAAGAAACUAUUAUCAUAAAAAGUGUUUAUUUUUUGAUCAUUCAAAAUUUCAAAAUAUCUCAAUAUCAUCGAUCUAUGCAGAUGUUUCAGCCUUGCAAACUGAUUAUUUACUAGCAUAUGCUGAGUUUAUUGGAUAAGGAGAGUUUGGAUUUCAAGAAUGAGAAGAAUUCUAAAAGAUCAAUAAUGGAACCUACACCCUUUAUUUUUUUCCAGUGUAAUAUUUUUUUUUAUUCUUUACUUUAUAUUAUUUUUAGCCUCUUAUUUUUAUCUACUAUUGAUGAUGCUAUCAUUUAUUAGUUUGAACGAAUACUUUUAUUUUUACGGA